UUAUUCCAAUUUUAUGCUACACGCCGACUGACCGAUUAAUCACGUCUGGCCAACGUCUGUCCGACAGACUUUUUAAUCACGUCUGGCCAAUCGUCUGUCUAACGUCUGUCCGACUGUCCCAUUAAUCACGUCUGGCCAACGUCUGUCCCACGUCUCUCCGACUGACCCAUUAAUCACGUCUGUCGAACGUCUGUCCGACAGACCCAUUAAUCACGUCUGGCCAACGUCUGUCGGACUGUCCCUUUAAUCACGUCUGGCAAACGUCUGGCCAACGUCUGUCCGACUGUCCCAUUAAUCACGUCUGGCCAACGAGACAGACGAGUUGUUUGUUAUUAGAUAAGGACAAUAACCAUCUAUAAACAUUACGCCGCACUUUCGUACUUAACGCAAAAUGAGAUAUUUAUAUUUUUACUUAUUAUUUACUAUUGUAGAGAGGAAUUAAUAAUGGCAUAUUAUAAUUCAUAACGCAAACAAACGUGCGCGCACACACACACUCAUACACACACACACACAUACUUAUAUACCUGUGUCACUAUACCUGUGAUCAUUGUCAGAUUUCAUCGGCUGACGUCACACGUAACAUUUUUGCCUUCGCAAACCAGGAAGUGAAACUGUUGAACUUUAUUUUCCCAGUGAAAAUUGAUAAUUUUUACAGAUUUCCCUUGUUUUAAUACGCCGCACGUUAUAGAAUUUUUAGCAAAUCACUUCUUCCUAACAUCCGCAACAGACGCAGUUAUUACCAAACGUGCUCUCGUUUUGUCUUUGUUAUUUUCGCCCUUAGCAUUGUAAAACGGCCGACUGCCACAGCAUUUUGUGUUCUGAUACUAACAUCGAAUUAACAGGAAAAUAAAAUCUGUAAGAAACAGCUUCCUUCUUUCUCUUCAUUUUUAUUUUGCAUGUUUCGCUGACCCACGAACAUCAAAUCUUCUCAGUGUAACACAAUCGGUUAGAACUAUGUGAAAUGCGCAUUUUCUAAAAGUAUUCAGGUGAAACUAUUUAAUCGCUUGAAUGACAUGACUUUAAAUAUUUGUAGUUUCUUUGUUAUUGGUUUCUAAAAGAAAAAAAUAACUCUGAUUUACGUCAUCAGAGGAAAACUAUCCAGAACUUUGAAGAAAAUUUGAUUGGUUGAAGGAAAUUUAACAAGAGCCAUUGAAAUAUAUGUGUUUGUAAAUAACUAGGCUCAGUUAAUGAAGUCAUCGAACUGAGCAGACUACAUUACCCGAAACGUUUCUCUUCGUAAACCAGGAAGUGAAAGGGUGGACUGUUUUGCUUUUUUCUUUUCCAGGUAAAAAUUGAUAUUUUUAGAGAUUUAUAUUGUUUUCAUAUUAAGAACUUUAUAUGAGCAUGAAUGACGACCAAGUAUAUUAUAUUUCUAAGGAUCAAUUUCAAAAACUCCGAGUUGAUUUUGUAAAACUCAUGGACGAUAUCGAAUCAUUUUUAGAUGAAGCUUUAUCCAAUGGUUUGCUGACAUAUAGCAAUAAAGAGAGCAUAAUGUCUGAAAGAGAUUCUAACGAUCAGAAACGACGGUUACACGAAAUCCUAGGUAAGAAACUACCGGAUGGGUCCCGUAAAUUUGUGUCGGCUUUGGAAAAGUCAAACCAUAAGGAAAUUCUCAAGCUAUUAGACGAUCCGUCAGUCUACCCGAUGAAAUUCAAACCUCAUGGUCGUGUUAUAUUAAUAAAUAAUGUGAAAUUUCCCGUUGGGAGUAAAUACAAUGAAAGGCUCGGAAGCGAAAAGGAUGUGGAAGGUAUCAGGGAACUUUUCAAGGCUUUCAAUUUCGAUGUUCAACUUUAUUCUAAUAAAACGGCCGAGGACAUGAAAAGAAUAAUUGAGAAAGCAUCGAAGGAAAGUACAGCCCGUGAAGAUUGUUUCGUUAUGUUCUUGAUGUCCCAUGGUGUUAGAGGGAGUAUCAUUGGAACUGAUGGUAAGGAAUUAUCUUAUUCCACUAUUAAUACCAUUCUAAAGGAGAGUUAUGAGCUGAAAGACAAACCAAAGCUCAUUUAUGUAAACACUUGUCAAUUUAAACCUUCUUCAACUAAAGAAAAUACUUGUCGAAGUGAAACUCAAGUCAAAGUUGACGCAGAAUGUAGCAGCGCUGUCGAAAGUAAUUCUGAAAAGGAAUACAUCGGGCAAUAUUUCAACGUUCCAGAUCUCUAUGUUACUUUUGCCACCGUUCCAGAAGGCCUUGCUUACCGAACUGAGGCAAGUGGUUCUUUUUUCAUAAAAAGUUUAAUCAGUGUUUAUGAAAGGAACAAAGAUAGAUGUGACAUCUCAUCAUUAUCACUUGAUAUAAAUUCAGAAGUUUCGAAGGAAUGCAAAGAGAUUAACAUGGAUCAGGUUUCAAGUUGUUAUUCCACCUUGAAGAGAAAGGUGAUUCUUCGAGCCACAGAUUAACCUAAUUCUCUCUUCUCCUUCUCUCAUUAAAAUAUAAAGAAAUUGAACAACAAUGGUAUGUACGUUAAACCUUUCCAAAUUCGCCUCCAUCCACAACCUAAUCUGUAUACUUGGAUUCCACUUCACCUGACUAAUAAGUAUUUCUGAUUUCGGUACAAAGCCAACAAUUUAAAGAGGAGGACUUAUCAGACACCAUUCUCUGCAGAACUUUAUUUUAUUUUAUAAAUUACAUACGAUAUUUCUUUUGAAUUC